UAGUCGCUCACUAUUUUUAAUCGGGUUCUCAACUCUAAGCUAAAAAAUAAUGUCAAAUUAACUCAAAGAGUUUAGACAAAGACGAUGUACAGUGGAGUACGUACAUACGUUCGUUUCAACCUUUGGUUCGAUCUUUAAACUAAUUUUUGCGCAAUAAACUUGCGCUGCUGCUGUAGAAGUUGUUUUUCUUUUUCUCGGAAGUGACUGUCGUAUGAAAGUUCUGAAAUCCAAUCCAUGGAAAUCCAGCGGGCAUUUGCUAAUUGAUUUCAGUUUGUGGUGGGUGGUGAACGGGUCAAGUAGUGCGUAGUGCUGAAAAUAUCAAAACAUAAACAAAACAAAAGACCCGAAGCGAGCAAUCAAGCAAGACAAAAAAAAAAGAGACGAAUUACAAAAUACGAGCAAAAAAAAAAAAAAAAAAGACGCAACCAAUAAACCAGCGAGGACUACACGAACAACGUAUGUUUCUUGAGACUGGUUUUUGUGUCUGCUUUGUGUGGAAGUUGAUGGAAAAUUGUAGUCAUUGCAACAUUUCCGACUGAGUGCAACAACAACAACAACAACAACUACAACCAAAUUGAAAUUACGAAAAUCAAAAAUGGUGGUGCUUUCGAAAUUAUCAGACAAAAUCGACCAGCUGGGGGUUCCCAAGCCCUUGAUUGCCCAUGCCCUGGUGGGAGCUGCCAUCAUGGCCUGGUCCCUCAAAGUGGCCGUGCCGAUUUUAAUCAAAAACAGCAAACAAAAGGAUGAAAAAGUCUCCUCCAAUGGCAUUCUAAAAACCCAAGUAAGCGAUGAAGAAGAAUCAAAAGUGGCCGAAGCUGAGAAGCUUUUGGUUGCUCAGAAUUUGAAAAACAAAAAAGCGAAAGAGCCAGGCUUGAACAAAGAGUUUUUCAAGCAACUCAAAGAAAUGAUAAAGAUUAUGAUUCCUCGGCUGGCCAGCUACGAAACGGGCCUGUUGGGUGUUCACACACUGUGCCUUAUAUCGCGUACAUUCCUCAGCAUAUACGUUGCUCAAUUGGAGGGCACCAUUGUCAAGUACAUUGUGCGCAAGGAUGUCAAACAAUUUUGUUUGGUUCUACUGAAGUGGUUUGGCAUUGCCAUCCCUGCCACUUUUGUCAAUUCGAUGAUUCGUUUUCUGGAAAGCAAAUUGGCCUUGGCCUUCAGGACACGUUUGGUGCGUCAUGCCUAUCGUUUGUAUUUCAAAAAUCAAAACUAUUAUCGUGUUUCCAAUCUGGAUGGGCGUAUUGAAAAUGCCGAUCAUCGCCUUACCGAGGACAUCAAUGUGUUUGCCACCUCCAUAGCGCAUCUGUACGGUAGUGUGACCAAGCCCUGCUUUGAUCUUAUGCUCAUUGGUUUGUCGCUGAUGCGUUCAUCUCAAAAAAUGGAAUCGAACAUUUUCUCGGGACCCCUAUUGUCGGGCUCGGUCAUUCUUUUGUCGGCUCACAUAAUGCGAGUGCUUUCGCCCAAGUUCGGUCAACUGGUGUCGGAGGAAGCCAAUCGUUAUGGCUAUUUGAGACAUAUACACUCGCGCAUUAUAACCAAUGCUGAGGAAAUUGCCUUCUACGGUGGUCACAAAGUGGAGUUACAACAACUGAGACAGGCAUAUAAUCGACUUGUCAAGCAAAUGAACAACAUCUUUACCCAAAAACUAUGGUUUGUUAUGCUAGAACAAUUCUUUAUGAAAUAUGUGUGGUCUGGCACCGGCAUGGUAAUGGUGUCUUUGCCCAUUUUGACGGGUUCGGCAGGCUCCUCGUCCAAACCUGGAUCUUCCUCUUCUAGCGAAUCAAUGGUUAGUGAGCGCACCCAGUAUUUGACAACAGCACGUAAUUUGCUCAUCUCCGCCUCGGAUGCUAUUGAACGCCUCAUGUCUUCCUAUAAAGAAAUAGUGGCUCUGGCGGGCUACACCAGCCGAGUGGCUGGCAUGUUUGAGGUAUUUGAAGAAACUGCUCAAGGCAUUUACAGCAAGACUACCGUGGCCAAGAGUAACGAAACUGAAGGUGUAAUUGAGUUCCAAAAUGGCUUGCCGGUGGCCAAGGGCCGUAUUAUAUACGCCAGUCCGGACAGUACCUCUAUUUCAUUGCGAUCCGUGCCCGUUGUUACACCCAACUGUGACGUUGUGGUGCCCUGCUUGAACCUGGAAAUUGAACCCGGCAUGCAUUUGCUAAUCACAGGGCCCAAUGGUUGUGGCAAAUCCAGUUUGUUCCGCAUACUGAGUGGCCUGUGGCCCAUCUAUGCCGGAGAAUUGCACAUACCCAAACCGGUGGAGGACAAACCCUGUAUGUUCUACAUUCCCCAGCGCCCGUAUAUGUCGAUUGGCAGUCUAUGUGAUCAAAUCAUCUAUCCCGACAGUCGAGAGGAUAUGGCUCGCAAGGGCAUUACCCAAAACGAGCUGAGAAGUAUUAUGAAAAUGGUAACGCUGGAGCAUAUAGUCGAAAGGGAUGGCUUUGACGUGGUGCGCGAUUGGAAGGACAUCCUAUCGGGUGGAGAGAAGCAACGUAUGGCUGUAGCGCGUCUGUUCUACCACAAGCCCAAAUACGCUUUACUAGACGAAUGUACCAGUGCCGUAUCCAUAGAUGUUGAGAGUAAUAUGUACGAAAGUGCCAAGGCUAUGGGCAUCACACUGCUGACCAUCACACAUCGUCCUACACUGUGGAAAUUCCACACUCACAUAUUGGAAUUUGAUGGUCUGGGCGCCUGGACAUUCCGCAAAAUGGAAGCGGAUGAGAAGCAAAAGAAGUAUGACUAGAAAGCAAUGUACAUAAGUAUGUUUCAGUUUGUUUUGUGGCCCCUGCCAAAACAAUACCCAAGCAAAGAGAUAUUUGUACCCAAAGCCCCCCACCACCACCACCACACUAAUAUAUAUAUUCAUCUAUUUAUUUUUACCAAUGUAGUCAGUCUAACAGAAUGGGACUCGUCAUAAAGAAGAUUUUUAAGAAACGAUUGCUUCAACACUAUCCUUAAAUAACUAUAAUUUAAUAUUCAUUGUUCUUUUUUGUUGUUUUAUGUACAUACUAAGUAUCUACGAUAAGAUUUUAUUUGGUUCGAUUGUUGUUAUUUACAGAAAAACGAAAGGAAACGUGUGAAUAUUUAUGCACUACCAAUUCAUAUUUUCCUUCUUGUAUAAAAAAAAAACUUACUUUUAGAUAAAGGUAUAUAAUCUAAUCGGCGGUUAAUCGCUGUAUAUUUAGAGUAAGCGUACUCCAUAGCAAUAGGCUGAUCGUGGACGAACAGCAGAUUUCCACAUGCACUAGUUUAAGUUCCCACCCAACCCCCAAAUCUAUCCACGCCAAAUUUGCGAUUAUGAUUAGAAAAGGAAAAAAAUUACGAAUUGAUAAGAUUGUAAACUUUGACCAAAGAAUAUGUUUCAUUUUGCUCUAAGCCUCAAAAAAAAAAAAAACAACAACACAUGUUUUUGUAAUUAAAUUGCCCCUUUCAAAAAAAAAAGAAAAACGAAAAACAAAUAAGAAACGAAAAUAACGAUAAAUAAAAAUUGAUUUUACAUUUAGUAUUACUUAAA